AGCAAUAGCGUACUAGCAGCGCUAGUUUGUUCGCUCAUGUCAUAACGAUCGAAACUCAACAACAAUAACAGUACGAUAUUAACAUGAAUUCUGCAAGUAAGGUAGGUGAGAUCUUCACUGCUGCUGGUGUAGCCUUUAAUAAGUUGGGUGAACUUACGAUGCAAUUGCAUCCAACAUCAGAUUCAGUAGCAGGUAAAUGGACUGAAGAGGACAUUGAGAUGCUUCGUCACUCAGUGAGAGCCUUCAGUGAAGAAUUGAACAGAAUAAGCGAGCACAUCAAGAGUCGGACGGUAUCACAGAUUCGAACUACACUGAAAAAAAAGACGUUUGAGGAAGCCGGAAUGUCUGUUAGACAACAGCAGAUUCUUCCCCAGCAAACUCAACAGCAGACACUAGUUCAACAGCAACAAGUUGCAAAACAACAAUCGACAUCGGGAAAUCAAAGCCUAAUGGGAAAGUCGGCGGAAGUUACACUGAAUAUGCUGAACGCACCUGAGUCAGAGGUGGAUGUCGAAGGACUUCAUGAAGAUUGCCAAGUAAAACUGGAAUUUGAAGAAGGCGCUACUGAAGAAGUCACUAGUUAAGUUUAAUUAACUUAUCAGUUAAAAUGAAUUAAAUAACUAAAAGUACCACAUCCAUUUUCUAUCAUCUGACUGUUCAUCAAUCGUUCGAAUUUUAACUAGUUUUAAGAAUCAAUCACAUUAGCUAAUAAGUCACCUUUUUACAAUAAAUGUAUGAAAA